GCUCGACUAAGGCUCCCUGGUCGCUCGCGCUUUUCUCUCCUUCUCCAAGAUGGCGGCUGUCGGCGGCGCUGAGGCGGGAUCCGAGCGAGCCUAGUGAAGACCUGGUCCUGUUCACGGGAAGGAGCCUGGACAGUGGCACCACACAUUCUCAAAGGCCCUGCAGGACCACCAUGGCUUAUGAUGACUCCAUGAAGAAAGAAGAUUGCUUUGAUGGUGAUCACAGCUUUGAAGACAUAGGACUUGCAGCUGGCCGAAGCCAACGAGAAAAGAAGCGGUCUUACAAAGACUUCCUAAGGGAAGAGGAAGAAGUUGCUGCGCAGGUCAGGAGUUCUUCCAAGAAGAAGUCAAAGGAUAGUGAAUUGUUCUUCUUGGGGACGGACACACAUAAGAAGAAGAGGAAGCACUCCCCUGAUGAUUACUACUAUGGAGACAUUUCGUCUUUGGAAUCAUCACAGAAGAAAAAGAAGAAAUCUAGCCCACAGUCGGCCGACACAGCAAUGGACCUGUUGAAAGCUAUCACCUCCCCACUGGCAGCAGGUGCCAAAUCCUCCAAGAAGACAGGGGAGAAAUCCUCCAGUUCUUCAAGCCAUUCAGAGAGCAGAAAGGAACACCACAAGAAGAAGGGCAACGGAAGCAGUGGAGAGCUCUCCCUGGAGGACAGCAGUGCCCACAAACCCAAAAAAAUGAAGCCACUCUAUGUGAACACAGAGACACUGACACUUCGUGAGCCCGAUGGCUUAAAGAUGAAACUUAUUCUGUCCCCAAAGGAGAAGGGAACCAGCUCAGUGGAGGAGGAAGCUUUUCAGUACCCUGCCCAACAGGCUUCUCUGAAAAAGUCCUCCAAGAAAUUAGCUCGGGACGAGCAAGGUGCUUUACUCCUAGGACACGAGCUACAGAACCUCCUGAAAACAGCUCGGAAAAAGCACAAGUCGUCCUCAGACUCGCAUUCAUCUCCUGGCCCCGAGGGCUGUGGCUCUGAUACCUCCCAGCUUCCAGAAUCCCACAGUACUAACCUUGAUAUCACAGGGCUGGACCCCAUUCUAGUAGAGUCUGAGUCGUCCUCUGGUGGAGAGCUGGAGGCUGGGGAGCUGGUGAUAGAUGAUUCUUACAGGGAAAUCAAGAAGAAGAAGAAGUCCAAGAAGAGCAAGAAGAAGAAGGACAAGGACAGACACAAGGAGAAGCGGCACUCUCGGACCAAGAAAAGUUCAGGGCUGCCGUCAAGCUCCUCCCGAGAGCAUGGCUCUUCUCGGGAGCAUCCAGUAAUGCCCGGCCCUGCCUCCAGUAUGCCUGUCUUGCCACUUUCUGCUCUCCACACAGACGGACAUGGGGAGAAGAAAAAGAAAAGAGAGGAGAAGGACAGAGAGAGAGAGAGGGGAGAAAAGCCAAAAAAGAAGAACAUGUCUGCCUACCAGGUGUUCUGUAAAGAGUAUCGGGUAACCAUUGUGGCUGACCAUCCAGGUAUAGAUUUUGGGGAACUUAGUAAAAAGUUGGCUGAAGUAUGGAAGCAGUUGCCAGAAAAAGACAAACUGAUCUGGAAGCAAAAGGCUCAGUAUCUGCAGCAUAAACAGAACAAAGCUGAAGCCACAACUGUGAAAAGAAAAGCAUCCAAUACAGAAGGCUCCAUGAAAGUCAGAGCUUCUUCUGUGGGAGUACUGUCACCCCAAAAGAAGUUCCCGCCCACCACAAUGCUUUUGCCAGCCUCACCAGCCAAAACUCCUGAGACAGAGCCCAUUGACGUUGCUGCUCAUCUCCAGUUGUUGGGAGAGUCCCUCAGCCUCAUUGGACACCGCCUACAGGAGACAGAGGGCAUGGUAGCAGUGUCCGGCAGCUUGUCAGUGCUCCUGGAUUCCAUUAUCUGUGCUCUUGGCCCUUUGGCAUGCCUGACCACACAACUACCUGAACUGAAUGGCUGUCCCAGACAGGUCUUGUCAAACACGCUGGACAACAUUGCGUACAUCAUGCCUGGACUGUGACCUCCAAGAAGCCUGGGACAGAAGCCUGUCUACCCUUCGCUAGUUCGUGUAUAUAUGACUGUUCUAGAUCCUCCACUGACGUAUGGGUGUAGGUUUUAAAUUUUUAUAUCUAUAUAUACACAUAUAUAAUGUACAGUAUAUACAUAGGAUUAUAACUACUUUGCUUUUAAUAAUUUUAUGAAAUGGCAAAAGUUUAGCUAAAAGGAAACUUUGGCAUGAAUGUGGGCUUGGGAUUAUUUUUUUGUGUGUGAAAAAAAAAUCUGCCUUAACAAUCAGUGUAAUUUGGGGACUAGGGGCUUAUUCUGGGUGCCAUGUUUAUCUCCUUAUAGACAGCUAAAAAUGUGUCCCCUCCCCCAAGCCUGGGGCACCUUCAGACCCAUCACUGACCAUUUGCCUUACCUGUCUUAUCACCGGAAAUGUAAAGAUUAUGGGAGGAGACCAGCUGACUACAAACUUUUCCACUCAAAAUGACCUGUGGGGAGGUGGAGAUAGCUUAGGUGGACUGAGAAAGGGAGUCAUUUCAAUUCCUACUAAACAGGUCUCCAAUUUUAUUGUAACCAUUGGUGCCACAGAGACAUUGGUACCAUCUGUCACCUCAGUUAUGCGAUUCUAGGCAGCAGAGAAAUACUUUGUAGAGACCAAAGCUGUUGGUGCCACCCGUUGAACCUGCAUUGGCUGGUCAAGAAGGCUUGGUCUAUAGAAACCAAAGCUGGUAUCUUCCAUUGUCACCACCAAAUCUGAGAGUCUGCUGCUUAACUGCUUGGUGGUUCUUGGUUCAGCUCUGGUUCCCCUAGUGGGCAGAUUGUGUUCUGCAUUCCACACACAGGUGGAUCAUGAAGACUUCCUCCUCCUCAGCAGGGUUAUCUAUAUGUGCGUGUGAGUGUAUAUUUUAAUUAUGUGUAUUUAACUCUUUAGAACUUCUUAGAUUUUAAUUUAUCCUGUAAAUUUCUGUAUAUAUAAUUUAAUAAGAAGCUUCCACCAGCAUUAGCAUGUGGAGCAUACAGAUGUGUCAUUUCUUCGUGUCUGUGUAAAAGCUCUCAAGUCGUCCAUAUGUUACGGUGUUGUGACUCAGAAAGGAGCUUCAUGGCCCUCAAUAAUGUUACAGAAGUGAAAUGCAAAGGAAUGUCACCAUUCCCAACUGCCCUUACUCCCAAAGAAGCAGACCUGCUUCCCCACACUUAAGAGAUGGUUGAGCACUCCAGGGAUGAUUGAAAACUUGGUGUGAGGGGAUUCACUUCCCUGCCAAAACAAGGCUGAGGUAUCCAUGUUUUCUUCCUCUGGCCUAGAUGGAAUAGGGCAGCAUCACACUAAACCUUCAGGGACCAUGUAGCCUGGUGGCGUCCUACUUAAUACCUUCCCAUAGCCUCACUGUACUGUCACAGCUGACCUUCUCAUGGGUGUUGUGGAUGUGAAAUCCCUUCCUCAGCUCAGAGCAGAUUUGAGAGUUAAUCUGGGAAAUGGAGAAAGAAACAGGAAUAUAUGAGAACUGAAAUCAAGAAGAGCAGAAAUUUAAAUUUGAGCUAACAUGUCAGAACCUCACUUGACCCUGCAGAAGUUUCCUGUGAGAGACAGGAGAUCAAGGAGACCAGGAAGACCUGUGUAGUGCAGGAAGCAGCCAGUCCUCGUGUCAUUGCUACAGACAGUAGUGAGCUCCUGAUGAGAACCGGCUUUCUCGUGCUUGUUUUUCUCUGAAGCCUAGCCCUGUUGUAUUUGUAUUAAAGAUUUGUACACAUUUGUAUAAUAAUCUGUACCUUGUGGUAUUUGGUACUGUUAGAGGAAAAACUUUAGAUUCAGGCCUUCUUGCUGUUUUUAUAUGAUUGUUUUGUUUUUUAAAUAAAUCCUAGUGGUUUGAUCCAAAUCCUAUUACAGUUGUAUAAAGAAACAAAAUUUUGUACUUAUAUUAAAGAUCUCAUUUUUAAUAUUUGUAG